UUCGAUUGCGAUUAUGCCGAGAGAAAGCACGUUGAAAAAACUCCGAUCUACCGUUGUUCCAUGGGCUUAUGAGUAAUACGUUUCAGUAUGCCUCGCGGCAAGAUUGCCCAGAAAGUUACCGUGCCGAAAAACCUCCUCGUUCGAAAGAACUUUUCCAGCCCCAUUUGGAAAUACUUUGGGUUCCCGACCAACCCCAAUGACCCCAGUGAGCCGGCCAAUGAGGAUGAAAUCGUCUGUGCGCUGUGCAACAAGAGCCUAUCGUACAACAAGAGCACGACCGUUAUGCACAAGCACCUGAAGGGGCGUCACCCGAACGUGUUUGAAACGCUCGCGAGUACCACCCCAGAUAAGACACUAGCCAAGGGAAAGGUUGGCAGACCGAGUGGUCGUCGGUCAUCCUCACUUUCGUCAGCCAGCAGGAUUCAGUUUGGCGAGGGCCUGAAGAAGGCCAACGUGGUGCCCAAGCGCAGCUCCAGCUGGGUCUGGAACUACUUCUUCUUCCCCCAGGACCCGGCCACCCAGCAGCCCAUCAAGGAGUUUGUCACCUGCGCCCUGUGUGAGAAGAAGAUCACCUACCACGGCGGUACCUCCCCCAUGCGUAACCACAUCCGCAUGGUGCACAAGAGCGAGUUUGCCGAGCACAACCAGUGGGAGGUGGUGGAGGUGUCGCAGGACAUGCUGAACAUCAACGCGGCCGACCCUAAGGUCCGGCACCAGGAGCAGCAGCUUGAGACCGAAGAGGUGAACCUGAGCUCACUGUGCGAAGAAGACAUUUACUCAGAUGACCUCCUGCAGAAAAAGGGUCUCCUGCAUAAGAAAGGGGCUUGCUCCAGCCCCAUCUGGCGUUUCUUUGGCUUCCUGCCCGACCCAGACGAUCCGGCCGAGGCCGAGAGCCCCGACAAGGUUGUCUGCGCUCUGUGCGGCAAGCAGCUCAUGUACGCCAACUCCAGCACCACCAUCAUGCGCAACCACCUGGACCACAAGCACCCCAAGGUGUACAUCAGUCAGAUCCCCCGAACAGUUGCAGCAUCGACGUCGGCCGAGGCACCCAAGCGAAGUGGAAGUUCAAUGAUGAACAACAGGAAAAAGAGACUUUCGACAUGUAUUGCGAACUAUAUUGCCAAAGACCUCAAGCCCCUGUCGUCACUGGAGGAGCCCAGCUUCCGCAAGAUGUUGCAUGAGUUUGACCCCCGCUUUGUUCUCCCGUCCCGGGAGGACUUCACUCAGAGGAUUAUGCCGCGCCUGUAUGACCAAGUCAAAAAUCUGACUGUCCUGCCAGCAUUGAAAAAUGCAAAGCAUGUAGCACUCUCGAUUGACAUGUGGGGGCGCUCCAGCGUCGACCAGUACAUGACGGUCACUGCACACCUCCUGACCUCGGACUGGGAGCUGAAGAGCUUCAUGUUGGAGAAUGUCCAGUUCCCAUUGCCCCAUGAUGCCAGCCACAUUGCCGACUGUCUGAAUAAGGUCGCUGCAGAUUGGACCAUCAGUGAGGACCCCAUGAAAAUCAGUGCUCUGGUCACCAACAAUGCCGUCAAGAACAGCUUCACAGGGAAGCAUGUCCCCUGCCUGGGUCACACCCUGAACACCAUCGUCAAAGCAGGGCUUCAGUGCCCCGGUGUCCAAGGGCCCCUGGGCUGCUGCAUAAAGCUCAUUGAGUUCCUUCACAGCGCUCCCAUCACUGUUGACACGUCGCUUGCCCAACAGCCAAGCGAGAGUCAGGUGGUCUCUCAGGAUGUGGAUGUUCCGAGUGCGACCCAGGUGGGCACAGAAGAUGUAGACAUUUCUCAGCACUACGAGACCCACCAGCAGCUUGAUGUCCAAGGGCAGCUGGACGUGCUGGAGCGGCUAGUAACAGCCGCCCAGAUCAACGUGGAGGACCAAGCGGACAUCUCGGCACUGACCACGAUCCAGCAAGUUGAAGCGCGGCCAGUGGUCCAGGCAGAAGAGCCCCUGACAAUUACGAUGCAAGACAUGAGUGUCCCAUUGGGCACGACACACAGCAUGCUGCGCGGCAUCCUGGACAAGAGGGAGUUGCUGAAAACAGUCCUGGUGGCAGCGGAGAAGACAGAGCUGGUGUUGUCUGAGGCUGACAUAAAGAUUGUGGAAGAGAUAGAGAAGGUCCUGGCUCCUCUGCAGACCCUGGCAGAGACGAUCCUCGGCAGGAGCUACGCCACGGCAUCAGGCCUGCUACCAUCUGUUUACUACCUGAAGGCAGUUCUUAAGAGCAAAGACGAUGAUCUACCAGAGAUCAUCGAAAUGAAGCAGGCCAUGGCAAAAGAGUUGGCCUCUGUUUAUGAGGAUCCUAGCCUCUCGAUCAUCCUACCGAGAGCUACAUUCCUGGACGCUCGCUACAAGAAGCUUCCUUUCUUCAGUGAGGAGCAGAGGGUGGCCAUCCAAGAGGAGAUCGCCAAAGAGAUAAUGCUUCUGACGGACAACAAGGUUAUGGAAGAUGCUGCCCAUGAGGAGCCCCCAGAGAAGAAGCCCAUGCACGCUUGGGCCUCCCUGCUGGGGGACAUGUUUGACGAGGAGGGCGUGGAGGUCAAGGAGUCGGAGCCCAUUGGGGGAGCCAAGGAUGAAAUCCGGAGGUACCUGACAGAGCCCCGCCUGGGUCUGGAGGCGGACCCGCUCAAGUGGUGGCAGCAGAACGGUCCCAGGUACCCACUACUCUCGGCGGUCGCUAUGAAGUAUCUCUGCAUCCCCUCCACCAGCGUCCCAUCAGAGCACCUAUUUAGCACAGCAGGCAUUGCUAUUGCUGCCAAGAGGUCUCUCCUGGAUGCCAAGGAUGUCCAGCUGCUUCCAUUUCUGAAUGCGAACCUGCAGUAAUUUAAGAAGACUUUAAAGAGAUGCACGAUUCGGCCGUCACUUUCAGUGAUUCUGCUAUUUGCAAACUCUGUGAGACACUGCGGUGUUCUGGGUUAUGAUACCGACUACUCAGACAAAUCUUUGUAGCGUGUGAGCUCUCAUGGACUACACAGCCUUGCGUCAAAUCUUGCAUAGCUUGGCAGGAUGAUUUUCACCAUUUCUUUGGAAUUCUCUUGAAUUCCUGGGACAUUUUUCAAGAUUUCUCCUGCUGCAAAACUUGGAAAAACCUGUAAAAUGGCAGUGUUUUCUUUUUCCCGUGAACUUACCAAGGGAAGAAGGAAUAAAGUUGAAACUCUGAAUCUCACUUUCACAUUUGAACCUCUAUUGGGUUUCAGUUUAGCCUGCCACGGCUGCCAUCAACUUGAACUGGGAUUUCUUGACUUGUCUUUAUGUAGCAUGUCAGAAUGGUUUAACAAUCUCUUUUUACUGAUAUGGACGAUGGAAUUCCUGUAAAUAUUUCAGAUAUGUGUUUCUGAUAAUGUCCUCGCCUGAUAUGAAAGUCUAAAUGUUCCAGUGUAUAUAUU